AAGCAGUGUAGAGAGAGAGAGAGAGGUAGAGGAAGAUGGGUACAGGGUGAGGAUUAAUGUGAGUAGGCAGAGACUAAUAGAGAGAGUGACCGGAAGAAGAAGCGGUGUGGCAAAUAUCAAAUCGUUGCGCUUUGCCUUGUUGGCCACCAAGCGUCAUGAUGAGUUUAAAGCGAAAGGGAAACACAAGGUUGAGCCACACACAGCCGAGCAGAUAGAGCGAGGAGAGACGUUCCUGCGAAGGUAACCAUGGCAAUGAUGGGCCAGAGUUCCUGCUCCUCGAUGAGUAACCACACCAAGGAGCGUGUGACCAUGGCCAAAGUAACCCUGGAGAACUUCUACAGCAACCUUAUCGCCCAACAUGAGGAGAGAGAGAUGAGGCAGCAAAAGUUGGAAAAGGUGAUGGACCAAGAGGGCUUGGUUGAUGAAGAGAAGUGUAUCCGGCGUUCUCAGCACGCCAGGAAAGAGACCGACUUCCUGCGUCUCAAACGAACCCGCCUGGGCCUGGAGGACUUUGAGUCCCUCAAGGUGAUUGGCCGGGGAGCUUUUGGAGAGGUACGUCUGGUGCAGAAAAAGGACACUGGCCAUGUGUACGCUAUGAAGAUCCUCCGUAAGGCUGACAUGCUGGAGAAGGAACAGGUGGGUCACAUCCGUGCCGAGCGAGACAUUCUGGUGGAGGCAGACAGCCUGUGGGUGGUCAAGAUGUUCUACAGCUUCCAGGACAAGAUGAACCUCUACCUCAUCAUGGAGUUCCUGCCUGGCGGUGACAUGAUGACCCUGCUCAUGAAGAAGGAUACUCUGACUGAGGAGUCCACUCAGUUCUACAUCGCUGAGACAGUGAUAGCCAUCGACUCCAUCCACCAACUAGGCUUCAUCCACAGAGACAUCAAACCUGACAACCUGCUACUCGACUCCAGGGGCCAUGUGAAGCUGUCUGACUUUGGUUUAUGCACGGGUCUGAAGAGGGCCCAUCGUACAGAGUUCUACAAGAACCUCAACCACAGCCUCCCCAGUGACUUCAGUAAGCAAACAUUCAAUAACAUGAACUCAAAGAGGAAAGCAGAGACAUGGAAGAGGAACAGGAGACAGCUGGCCUUCUCUACUGUGGGCACCCCUGACUACAUCGCCCCAGAAGUCUUCAUGCAGAACGGAUACAACAAGCUCUGUGAUUGGUGGAGCCUGGGAGUCAUCAUGUAUGAGAUGCUGAUAGGCUAUCCCCCGUUCUGCUCGGAGACCCCCCAGGAGACCUACAGGAAGGUGAUGAACUGGCGGGAAACGCUGACCUUUCCGCCGGAAGUGCCCAUCUCCGAGAAGGCCAAGGACCUCAUCCUCAGGUUUUGCUGUGAAGAGGAGCACAGGAUUGGAGCGACGGGGGUGGAGGACAUCAAGGGCAACGCCUUCUUCGAAGGGGUGGACUACGACCACAUCAGAGAGAGGCCUGCUGCCAUUCCCAUCCAGAUCAAAAGCAUCGACGACACGUCCAACUUUGACGAGUUCCCAGAUUCCGAUAUCCUCCAGCCAACGGCUGCCCCUGUGGUGUCUAACCAUUCUGAGGCAGACCUAAAGAACAAGGACUGGGUCUUCAUCAACUACACCUACAAGCGCUUCGAGGGCCUCACAGCCCGAGGGACCAUUCCCUCCUACAUGAAGACAGGGAAGAGAUGAAUAAUUUCUUUUGUUCACUCACACACUCUACCUGCCCCUCAUACUGGCAUUCAAAAGGAAUACACCAUGGAGCCCAGUGACCACUCCUCUAGCUCCAAAAGACACUAAAUUAACCUUGUUUUGGGCCCUUCCUGCUGAAGGGACGUUCCUCCUUCCCUUGCAUGGGACUUGUUGAAGGGCUCUGUGUAGAGAAGUGUGGCCUACUCCAACUCUAGUCUGUCGAUCUAAAAUUUAAAAAAAGCCAGUACAGUGCUGGAAGAUAAGGACGGUGUUCCCAUUAUACUGUCUGCAAGCUCAAUUCUUCAUGGAAUAAUAGUUUUUUUUAUAUGGAAACUCACAUGCUGUUCCACCUCAGUAUUUAAUUUCCCAUAGCUUUUUUUUUCAAGUGGGAUCCACCAAAGAGCAGUCUUGGAGAUGUUAUUUCCUUAGUUUGGGGAACAUCUCUCAGAUCUCCACUAGCAUCGGUCCAACUCGGCCAAGACUGAUUCUCUAUGCUUCAUUAUUUCACAGGAACGAACCAAGAUACCAGCAUAACAGGUCACCCUUGGGGCCAGAGCCUGUUGUCAUACCAGCG